AUGGAAUGGCGCCGCCUCUUCCUCCCUCGCCACCACUCCCUCUCCUCCGGCGCCCAGGCCAUCGCUGCUGUCGUCGCCGGCGAGAUCUCUGCCCUCCUCACCGCCCGAAGUUUGCGGGAUUCCGUUAACUGGGCGGAGCAGUUCAUACGCUCCAAUGCCGUCGGGGCGUCCGGCGUCCCCGAGAUGUACCGCUCGUUGGCCGCCGCAGGCCCACGUGGGCAGCGCCUUUACCUCAGCGGCGCGGCGUUCGCGCUGGUCGAGGCAUCCGCGCGCGCGGACCUACCCGACGGCGCUCUGCUGCUGAUCGACCUCCUCAUCCGCACGCCCAAGUUGCCGCGGCCGUCGGCGACCUCCUGCGGCCACCUCAUGGCGAAGCUCCUCUCCCUCGGACGCCGCGCGGAUGCGCGCCGCGUGUUCGAGACCCUCGCCGAUCGCCAGCGCAGCAGGGAGAUCACCGCGGUUUGGAGAUCCGGGAGAGCGGCCGACGCCGUCAAGGUGUUCGGCGAAACGGUGGACACGGCCGCGGCGCCAAAACAUUCCAGGUACCGGUACCUUACCAUGAAUAUGAUGAAUGACUGCCUGAAGAAGGGAGAUCUGGAGGCUGCUUCAGAGCUGCGAACCUGGAUGGUGCAGGCGGGCUUGAAGCACACGGGCCACGAUGGCAUGGCACCUCCCAAUGCUCACUCCUACAACCUGGUACUCGCUGGGCUCUGGAAGGCCAGUAGGGGCGACGACGCUGUCAAGAUGUUCGGCAAGAUGGCAGACAUGUUCCUGGCGCCAAAUAAUUUCACAUAUACUGUCAUGAUUAAUGGCCACUUGAAGAGGCUGAGUCAUGUUCUGGCCUCGAAGAAGAACGAGAGUGGGGAUCUGGAGGCUGCGCUCCAGCUGCGGGCUCAGAUGGUGCAGGAUGUCUUCAAGCCAGAUGAAUACACCUACCAUUCACUGAUGGCAGAACUCUGCUUGGCUGAACGGCUGGGAGACGUUACAGCUCUGUUCCAUGAGAUGCGGAUGCACGGGACGACACUACACAAGAUCGUUCCUGGCAGCCUGUUUGAGUUCCUCUUCAGAAUCAACGAAGAUCAGCUACUGGGCAUCAUUGAAAAAUCUGCAAAGGACGGUGUUGCUGCAAAGGAUAAUGGUUGUGUUACCUUGUUGAAGGAGCUUUGCAGGAUUCAGAAAGUUUCACUCGCAGAGAAGGUGCUGCAGACAUUUGCGAAAACAGGGUUGGUACCAACAACGGAGAUGUACAACAUUGUCAUUGACGGGUAUUGCAAGAUCAAUGAGCUCCAAGGGGCAUUCUUGUUGUGUCGCCAGAUGGAAUCACAUGGUCAGGUUGUACCUAAUGAAGCCACCUACGAUGCACUGCUGCUGGCCGUGCGCAGCAGCACGAGCAUCAUGUAUUGGGAGGACGUGGUGGAGUUGUUUGAGAAAAAUGGAGUUAGUACUGAUGCGCUGAACUCCGGCAGUUCUGCUACAUACGGAUUCAAAUAUAGGAAUAGUCUAGUACCUAGAAUGUUUAACAAACUGGGGAUGAUGAUACUGGAGGAAGGUCAAGAACUCAAGCAGUCCAAUGGUUGCUUUGGUAAAAAUAGAGGUGGGUGGACCAAUGUCGUUCGUGGCUUCAACAAAAUCACGAGGCUCGGGUAUAACAAGAAAAAGUGCCAGAACAAAUGCAACGAGCUAAAACGUUUGUAUUUCAAUUGGCGCGAUGGUCAGACCCAUACUGAGCUAGGCCGUGACCCGCUUACUAGAGAGGUUACAACUGACCCCGAGUGGUACGGCGCUAGCCCCGGGGAAAGUAGCCAACCCGCUCGUGACAAGUUCAGAUGCCCCCAAUGCUUUGAGCAACUGCUCAUGAUUUUGGGACGCACCCCACGUGACAGGGGCGAGUUGGUAUCGGCGGGGGGCCAUCAAUCUGAUAGUACACCCAGUAGUGGAAGCCCUCGCACUCCUCCAGCCUUGUCGGAUGAGCCGGUCCUACCGCGUAGUGGUGCUCAGCCCUUGAAGAGAGUCCAUAGGGAACAUUCUAUUAACAGUCCUCCCAGUAAGAAGAGUAGCAAGACUCCAUCCAUUGACGACUGCCUUGAUGACCUAAGCCACAUUAUCAGGGAGGCUAGGUCCCAAAAGGCCCAUCAGGCCACAGAUGCUGAGGAGUUGUCCCAAAUCAAUCAGAUUCUAAAGCAAGAUGGUAGCACAAUGAGCAGCACUGACGAGUCAUCGUACAGCGACACUUCCAGUGAUGGACCGAGCACUGUGAUCUUGGCGAAGGCAGCAGUCGUGCUGCGGAGGUUGAAAGAUAAGUGUACCUCAGUAGAAGCUUUAGGCAUGUACAUCUGGACCUAUGCCCACCAAUCUGCCAGUAGAGAGUGCAAACAUAGGUUUAAAAGGUCUUUAGAUAUAGUUAGCAGAAAGUUAACAACAGUUACAGAGGUCAUGUAUAGGUGGGCAAAGACUGUCCUAGUGCCCGCAGAUAGGAAGUACGCACGCGUAAGCCAGAAACUUGCUGCAUAUGCACCAUGGUUUGAUGGAUGCAUAUGUGCUAUAGAUGGCACGCAAAUAAAGGUUGAGGUUAAACGUGAAGCAAAGGCUGAUUUCUUCAAUAGGAAAGGCGAAACAACAAUUAAUGUUUGUGCCAUCGUGGAUAUGGAUGUCCGUUUCACAUACGUGGGGGCCGGGAAGGCGGGGGCAUGUCAUGACAUGGCGGUGUUGAAAGACUGUUAG